CAAAGAAUGCCGCUUUGAGUAAUAAAAACAGUUCCGAUUCUUCCGAUUCGGAUGUUGAAAUUAAUCGUUCUGGUGUCUCGCUUGGCGGAGAACGUGUUCACAAAGAAUCUGAUCAUACUUUAAUUGAAGAACUUCAAAAUGAAAUCAAGUCCCUUAAGGAUGAUAACCAGUCAAUGAAUCAAUAUAUUCAAAAAAUGUUAAAUCGUAUAAUGGAAGUGGAUGGAUUUGAAGAAACUUUGGCUACAAACUGGACUCCAGAAUUACAUCAAAAAAAGCUUUCAAAAGUUAACGAUCGAGUUUCAAAUCCAACAAGUCCAAAUACUUCUAACGAUUCUUUAAACAAACCACUUCCUUCAAAACCACGUAAUAAUUCUUUCUCCUCCGAUUUUAAAUUUCCUACAAGUUCUUCUGCUAACUCCUCCUCAUCAUCACCUACCUCUACGACUUCUAAAUUUUCUCUUACUCCCCUUACUACUUCCCUUACUACUUCUUUAAUUAAUUCUCUCUCUUCCCCAGUUUCAAAAGAUGAGAUAAUAGAUGAUAAAGAAGAUUCUACUGUGUCUACUACAAGGAAAUUACGCGCUAGUGAUGAUUAUUCUACUAUUAGUCAACGUCCUUCUACCAAUGUUCCUAGACGUUCUCAAACUAUGACUAAUGGUUCUAAUAAAAGAUUUAGCAUAUUGAAAUGGGGUUCCUACGCUUUUGGUACUAAUGCUGCUGCUUUGGCUGCUGCUAAAAAAGAGGAUCCAAGAAUGAAACCAAUUUUACUCGUUGAAAAAAAUCGUGAUUAA